AUGGCCGACGUCUCCCAUAUCCUGUCUCUAAAACCUAAAGGGAAAUCGGUCACCGUCGAACGUGAAAUUCCUAUCGAUCUCGAUGUUGGUUUACUCGCUGCAUUUGAUCCCAACCCAAUCGACCAACCUGAAUACAACUCAGCAGGUCGAGAGGAAUAUCUAAAGCAAUCGGCCCGGGACUCGAUUCAAGUGCUGGUGAACAAAUUAUUUGGGCUUCCGACGAGUCUGACGGAUGACGGGGUGGUAGCCAACUUACCCUCGGGCGGGCCGACGACAACCUUGCCCCGAUCGAAACGAUUGCCGAAACCGAAACCGCUAACGAAGUGGCAGAAGUUUGCCAACGAGAAGGGAAUCGCACCCAAGCCAAAACGGGAUCGGAUGGAGUUUGAUACGGAGAAGCAGGAAUGGGUGAAUCGAUGGGGAUGGAAUGGGAAGAACAAGGAUGAAGAGAAUGCCUGGAUUAGGGAGGUCAAGCCGUCCGAGGAAGUCACCAAUCCUGGCCUCGAAAUCAACCAUGCCAAACGAGCUAGGAAAGAGAGGACGCUCAAGAACGAGAAACAGAGGCUCAAAAACGUCGAACGAGCGGCCACCGAGACUGCCAAAAGCUCGGCGACCAAGGUCUUGGAAGCCUCCACCGCUCGCCCAUCCACUAGUUUGAAUAAUAGCCACAAAAAGUCCGACGUCCGAGCGGCCAAGAUCGCCGACAACACUGCCCGCACUAAAGCACAAGCUAAUGCUAAACGAGAGGAACAACUCAAGAGGAAACAGGAGGUCGAAGGCCUCUUGGUGGCCACUAAGAAGAGUACCGCCAGUUUGGGCAAGUUUGAUAAGAAGUUCGCCAAUGAACCCAAGCCCAAAGGCCUCAAGCGAAAGUUUGAACCGACAGAACAAUCGGCCAAGGUGGAACGCAAGAGUCAACUAGCGAUUGUCGAGCAACUAGCCAAGAACCCGACAGCGUUCAAGGAGAAAGUGGCCAAGAAACAGAAGAAAUCCAGCUCGACCAAGUCGGCCACCACCGAGGCCGACAAGUCCACCAAAUCUUUGGUCAACACCCGUAAGGCAAUCAGGACUCUCACCGGGGGUAGGGGCGCUACUGCUUUGGAGAACCCUAAGCCACUUAAAAAGGCUAAGAAACGCCCAUAA